AGAGAGGGAAAGAAAGAAGGAGAGAGGCGGGCGGAGGGAAAGAGAAAGAAAGAAAGGGAAAGGGAGAAAGAGAGAGAGAAAGAACCUGGAAACGCGAAGGAACAAUUCUAGUAUCAGAGAACAGAGGCUGUGUUUUUCGUGCAGCAGAAGAGGCUGCGAUGUAACCUCACAACAGUGUGUGUGUGUUGUCCGCUGACUAUCGGAGAGGGAGUAUACCCUUUAGCUCCGACACGGUGCACUGUUUAUGUCCACUGCCGCCGCUGGUGUAUUGGGACAGACUUCACUGAACAAGCAGGUGUGUGUGUGAGUGAGUGAUCUUCCCAGGGUCCACACAGGCUGCAGCUCUCUCUCGUUCCCUCUCUCCCAUCGCCUCUGGUUCACACAUCAACCGUGGCGACCCUCGCAUUGAAACUGGUCGCCUGGUGCUCGGGGAUAUCAAGAAUAAACUGAAUUUUCCAAUAGAAGGCAGACUCUCCACUUGUCACCAUGAAUACAGACAGCGGCGGCUGCGCUCGUAAACGUGCUGCUACUUCCGUUAAAUUAGCCUCCGUGAAGAGAGUGCAGAGUUCACCCAACUUGUUGCUGGUUACAGGUCAUGAAGCAGAGGUGGCAGAUUCAGAUGUGUGGAGAUCGUACAGCAUUAACGACGGCUUCAGGGGCACGGUGAACGGUGAAACGCACAGCUCCUCGCUGGCCGCCAAGGGGUUCCGCAGCGUCAGGCCCAAUCUUUCAUUCCCCGAGAGGAAGACGCCUCCGCAUCAGGCUCCGUCUCCACCACCCCGAGUGGGAAGCUUUCACUGGCAACACCUAACGAGUCCUGCCAGCCACGCCCCCCUCACUAGUGCAUCCCAGGGUCGCAUGAGUGGCGAUUAUCCAUCACUCCCGAUGCCGAGCAUGCAAAUAACCUCCAGCGUUACCCAGCGUCGGAUUAACAGGGAAGAGUGCGCUCAGAAUUGGUCGCGUCGUUCACAACACUCGAUUGCUACUCCCCCCCCAGCACAUUGGUCACCCCCUUCCCAAACCUUCGCGGGCAAAGUGGCUGAUAGUACCUCCGCUGGCACCGCGCUGCAGGCGAGUCCAGAGCGCAGCCUAGCCCGUGGGGUCACUGCCGUCAAGCUAACCCCGUCUGAGGCUCACAUGGUUGCUAACUCCCCCGCACCAGCACGCCCACCCAAGGCUAUCGACCUGGCCCCACCCUCACCUGGAGAUAGGAUAGAGUCCAAGAGACACACAGCCUCCCUCUCCAUCCAGAUCGCUCCAUCCAGCGCACAUACAACGGAGGCUGGACCCCCCACUGUGCGCGCGGCCAGCAAUGCAAGGAAGAUGCCCAUGGACAUUGCACAAGAGUUCAAUCCCUCAUCUAAUGUCCGCUCACUGGUGCAUCAUCUGAUGACGGUGAAUGGGAACACUGCCACCGAUAGAGGCAGUCCAAUGAGUUACCUACAAAGGCCUUUCUCCCCAUCAUCAACCUACCACUCACUGUCAUCAGUCAGCCCGAGUGCUGGAGUACUACAGCACAGCCGCACGAUGGAAAACUUAAGUAUUUCACAGCAAAGUAAGUCUCCUGGUGCUGACAUAAUGGGCAUGGAACCCAUGUACAGAACAUCAGAAGAGGAAAGGAAAGUGACUGUCAUUAAAGCACCACACUAUGCUGGAAUCGGCCCUGUUGAUGAAUCUGGGAUACCAAUAGCCAUCAGAACGACAGUGGAUCGACCCAAGGACUGGUACAAGACUAUGUUCAAGCAAAUACAUAUGGUGCACAAGCCAGAUGAUGAUACAGAUGCAUUCAAUGCCACAUAUGCAUAUGUUUACCCUGAUUACUACAGAUCGUUCACCUCUGUCCAGGCCCACCCACCUCCUAAGACACAUACCUACCGACCUCUAACAAAGAGCAUCUCGGACAACGGUGUGGAAUUCUACAAGGAGACAGCCCCAUUACCGCCACCACCUCCUCUUCCCAUCCCAUCGCAACCAAGGCUACGAGAAGCAGGAGUCACGGAAAAGAAUGAAUGGGAUCCUCCUGAUAGAAAGGUGGAUACGCGCAGAUACCGAGCUGAGCCACGCAGCAUAUUUGAAUAUGAGCCGGGAAAAUCAUCUAUCCUAGAGCAUGAACGUCCGAGUGGGCGGCUAAACCCAGACGAAAUAGAUUUAGAAAACGAGCCCUGGUAUAAAUUCUUUUCAGAGCUGGAGUUUGGACGGCGGCCUCCUAAAACGCUCUUGGAUUACCUGCCAGAAAACACUCCCCAUAAUCUGCCUGAAAACAUGAAGACUUCUUUUUACAACCCAGCAAUAGAAAGGACAUUGGAAAGACCAUACAGUGGCAACAAUUGUGCGAGCGACUACAGGAAGAGGCGGAGGUCCGAGCCGUCGGUGAACCACCAGAGAGCGCAGAGCGAUCACAUGAUGCAGAAGAACAGUGGAAUGUCCAGGAGGUCCGUCACUAACUCCUCACCAUCCUCCCCCUCCAGAGCGAAAGAUGGGGAUGUUAGCAGAGUUAGUUAUGCACUGCACAACCAGAGUUCCUCUCCCGAGUUAGGUUACGGUGGCCGCCUUGGCCAGCCCUUGGUGGUGAUCACGCCCAGCCCAAAGAGGUCCGUCGUCUUCAAGAACGGCUGGCAGUUGAACCGGCAAAACGCGGAGGCUUGGAGCAGCGCCGACGAGGGGACGUCGCCCAAGACCAAGUCCCGCAGCUACGACGACCUCCUGCAGAGCGACUACGAGGAGGUUGGCGAGGGGCAGGCCAAGUCGGAGAGCAUGGUGUCGCUGCUGUGCGAGGCGCAGCCCAAGGGAGGAUGCUCCCGGAGCUGGCUCUCGCCACAUGGCGCCGAGGCCGCCGGCCCGCCCCACCGCGCCCGCUCCCGGUGCAAGUCGGCGCGUGGCGGCAAGGGCUUCCUGAAGCUCUACAGGAAGAUGCACCACAUCAACCGGCGGGAGCUGACAAACCCAGACGUCAUCUGCACGGUCAAGUCCCGGGUGCUGCAGUACGAGCAGGAGCAGCGCAGGGGCAUCCUCUCGGACGGGAAAGAUUUGCCCGGCGAGGUCCCGCGCGACAUGGUGCCCACCAGGAUCUCCGAGUUCGAGAAAAUGAUCAAGUCAAAGUCCAUGCCCAACUUGGACAAAGCCAUCUUAUCGGAAGCCUCCUACUUGGCCCCCAGUCUGAGAAUCGUCCCCAGGCGUCGCCUGUCCAUCGAGUCUUUACUGGACGAGGAAAACCAAGGCAGGAAGCUGUCGACAAUUCAGCAGCAGUACCGCAUGUCCAAGGCAAUGAUGCCCAUUCACAUCAAGGUGACCAACGAGGGCGGGCCAAGGUUGGCUUCCAGGUUCGACAGCGCCGAGUUGGACAGCGAUCAUGAGGCGGGGGUGUCUGAUCUCAGCGACUACAUGCCGGUGGAAGGCUCAUCCUUCUGCAGCGAGAGCGACCUGGACCAUUACUCCUUCACGUCCUCGGAGAGCAUCUACGGCUCGGGCCCCCACCACCACCACCACCUCAGCUCCUGCAAGGGCCGUUGUCCGGCCUCCUACACCAGGUUCACCACCAUGCUCAAGCACGAGAGGGCCACGAGCCAAGACAAGAAGCGGGCGCCCAAGAAACCCGAAGCCGACCCCAACCUCGCCAAGCUCGCCUUCCUCGUCAGCCCCGUGCCUUUCCGGAGGAAAAAGGCCGUGCCCGCCCAGAAGAGAAAGGAAAAGCCGAAAUCAAAGUCGUCGGUGUUCGAAGCCUUGGACUCUGCACUGAAAGACAUCUACGACCACAUCAAAGCGGAGAAGAGACGGGGGAGUUUACCCGACAACAGCAUCUUGCACCGGCUCAUCACCGAACUGCUUCCUGACAUCCCCGAAAGAAACUCUUCCCUCAAGGUCCUCGGGAAGAAAGUUAGUCCGCAGCCUUCUCUACAGCAGGAUGAAGAGGGGGGCGUUCCCUCGUACCAGUGUGACUUGGACAAAACCACAUUUAGUGCCUCUUUUCAGGACAUGGACACCAACAACAACCCAGACAACGAGUGUACCUACUACCAAGAUCAGGAUUCUCAUCGGACCGUCUCUGAAAUGGGCAGGACGGCGCUAAAAGAUCGCAGGGGGCUGGUUUCUGAACCCCGUCGGAAGCUGGAUGGAAAAGAGCGACAGCCUGCUAAAGCAAUUUAUGAUUUUAAGGCUCAAACAGCAAAGGAAUUACCAUUCAAGAAAGGGAGCGUUGUCUACAUAAUUAGACAAAUAGAUCAGAAUUGGUUUGAAGGUGAACAGCAUGGAGCAGUUGGAAUAUUUCCCAUUUCAUACGUUGAGAAGCUGCCGCCAGUGGAAAAGGCUCAGCCCGUCCGGCCACCACCACCAUCAGAGGCCAGGGACUUCGGGGAAGCCAUCGCUAAAUAUAACUUCAAUGCCGAUACAAAUGUGGAACUAUCCCUGAAGAAGGGCGAGCGGAUCAUCCUUGUCAGACGGGUUGAUCAGAACUGGUACGAAGGAAGGAUCCCGGGAACAAAUCGGCAAGGCAUCUUCCCAAUCACCUAUGUGGACGUCCUCAAGAAAGUACAAGCUAAGAACACUGCAGAAUACCCCAGCUCUUGUCUGCCUCUGACUUUUCCGAAUGAUAGGAGCCACAGCCUGGGAUGUUCAAGGUUGUCUUCUUGUGGAAAGCUCACCGCGACAUCCCCUAGGUUUGGACGUCAUUGGUCACCUUGUCCAAACGCACCCCAAGUGCAGGCUCCGACCGCUGAGACGAUAUCAAUGACUGUCGGGUUGUCUCCUCUUGACUCCUCAUCCCUCACGCCACCUCCUUCGCCUCAAACACCGCCUGUCUAUUCGGACGUCCUUGCUACUUUAGCGAUCGCCUGCUCCGGUUCCAACCCAAUCCCGUCCACAAGUACCACUCCCUACGGGAAAUGGAGGGAUGUCGUUCCGGUCACUUCGUCCAAGCAUCGUCCCGGCUCGUCUGAAAGCCUUCAUCCUCCCUCCUGCCCAACCCUGUUGACCGCUGCCUCCCAGUCUCCCGCGAGCUUGUCACAUAUUCUACCGCCCAGAUAUGACUGUGACAAAGUGCAGGUGACAGAAAACCCUCAGGACGCCGCUGAGAUGUCCAACGCCAGUCUUUCACUCAAUGGCAAAGGGAUGGAUGGUAUGGAGGUUCCUCUGGUCAUUACGGAAUCGUCUGAAAGGUGUAGUCCAAACAAACGUGGGCAAUCCAAAGAGGACCAGCAAAAGGUACUCCAUGGAGCUGUGCAACCAAGCACCCAGGCAACUCGCGCUGAGCACGAAGGAAUUAAGCCAAUACCUUCCCACGGACCGAGUCCCGAUGUAGCCACGGAGCCUCUGGAACUCUUCAUCGAGGAAGAUGCGAGUGCAGUCAACAUGACACUUGAGGCAAACGACCAGAAACCGGUUAGGUCUGAUGGCGUGCAGAGAGCAGCAGUUAUUAACACCGAGACUUUAACAUCUGGAGCGGAGCCCCCUGUUGAUUCUCCUCUGUCACAAUUGCCCGCUGCAUAUACAUGCCCACCGCUAAAGACCACCCUCUCUCUCGCCUCACCUCCACACCUCCCCCAACCACCCACAUUCUGUACCAGCCAGGAAACUAGCUCUCCAAAGCUGAAGACUGCACAGAGGACUGAGGGAGCUCUCGUCGGUAAACCUCCUCGUAGCCCCCUGAUGUCCAAGCGAAGCUGUGACCCGUCGCUCAGGAGUAGCUUUGCGCCAUCUCGUAGGCCUCAACAACCAUCCCUUGCUCACCCCGAGACACACGUUGGAGAACCCUACCAAGCAAUGUACAGCUACAACCCUCGGAACGAAGAUGAACUGGAACUUAAAGAAGGAGACAUUGUUGACGUGAUGGAAAAGUGUGACGAUGGAUGGUUUGUUGAUUGUCAGUUGCCUCCACUUGUGGAAUCAUCGGUGGAAAAGGGCACGGAACAGCCCCCGGGUCCCCAGGAAGGUUGCCUCACCUCCCCCGUGCCCAGUGGAGCCAGUCCAUUGAUGGACGGGAGCGCGAUGGAUCCUCUGGUCAAGCCCACGCCAGCCCGGUCACCUGCCUCUGUGUCCUCUGAGGGGAUGAGUUGGACGUAUCUCAAACCUCUGGGCGGCACGGAGCCCGAGAGCGAAGCGAUAAGUCUACCGGGCGGGGAAGAAAUCACUCUGGCAUCACCGGCAUCAUCUCCCAACCUCAUUCCGGGCAAGACCCCGUCUUCUCCAGCUCUCCCUGUAAUCCCGAUUCAAUGCGCGCCUCCCUUAGGACCAGAGCGCGUCGACGGGUGUUUGCCACCGUCCCACGACUUCCAGGAGGAGUCUGGAGGGCCGGGGAAGGUGGACGCUGCCGGCGAGGCGGCCAAUGCACCGUGCGAGUUCCCGUGCGGGAUGCAGGUGGAGGUCGCCAACUACCUCGGGCCGACCAGCGAGUUCCUGGAGCAGAUGAUGGACAACGUCCCGGACAGCGUCCCCCCCGCCAGCCAGAGCGAGAAGAGCUGCCAAAAGCAGGAGCAGGACUCCAGCCUCCUGGCCCUGUCCGCCACCUUCGGCAUGCUGGUGGACGAGGGCAUGCACCUCCUGCGCAAGACCAUGGACAACGUCCACUCCAGCGUGCAGUCGGGCAACAAGCAGAUGCACACGGACAUGGUGCACCUCCACAACGUCAUCCAGGUGGGCUGGGUCCAGCUGGCCGAGCAGAUGAGCUCCCUCAUCGGUGUGCUCACCACCCUGGUCCAGAACCAGCAGACCUCCUCCACCUUGCUACGAAACGUGGCCCUCCAGAGUACCAUAGCGAUAUCAGAACGGCAUUUCCCAGAAUAUCUCGGUUGCACCUCCGUCCCGCAUGUGACUGAAGACGCACUGCCUCCGGCGCGCCUCCUCGCAGAAGAAACUCUGAGUCGUGCUUCUGUGGACAAGGACGUCUCGGCGAUCCAAGUGCUUCGGUACCUUUCCAGGGAACUACGUCAAGAGGCUAUAAAAACGCACGCACAUUUUGCAUCCACUAUGAGUUUAGCACAGUGACCUCUGCCAAGCUCUCAUUAAAAACAAGUCGCAAUCUGUAAACACUGAAAGGACAACCUUUUGUGGCAGUGGUGUGGUUGACUGCAUCUAAGUUGAGAAGCUAUGCACAAGUCGGCAGAGCCUCCCACCGAGUAACAAGGACAUUUCUAAACACAACGCCUUCUGAUUGUGUUGCCUGGUGUGCCGCUCCACGAUGUCUCGAGCAUUUGUUUUCUGAUUAUAAUUAUUAUUGUUAUUGUUAAGGUGCACUUAUUUUAUUUUCCCCCAUGUAUGGUGGUGAUAGUGAAUGCUUAUUUAUUCCAUUCGGAGCAGGAGCAUUACAGUUUUGUGUUGUCAACUAACUUUUAUUACCGAUGAUUUUUGUCACAAAGUAGAAUAAAUGCAUCAUUCGUUCAGCAUGUAUUUCACCAGUAACUUGUACAGCUACAACAAUUUGUCACUUUGAAACCAGAGGUGGAGAGAUAUGUAGUUUCCACACUUUUCCAAACUGGUUGAUGAUUUAUUUUUGCUGCUAAUUAGACAAUAGACAAUAGGUGCAGGAGUAGGCCAUUCGGCCCUUCGAGCCAGCACCGCCAAUUAAUGGGAUAAUGGGAAUCGAUCACACCCCAGUGAUUUGUGCAGGUGGUUUGGGGUUUUUUUCCUCCACUUCCACCCAUUCUACUUUGAAACUGGUGAGCUAGAAAAUAGUAUCAGGAAGAUUUGCAACAUAGAAUAGCGAGAUGGUUCAACGUUGCCACCAUUCUUUGAGGCAAGUCAUAUUCAGGUCGCUCGUCCAGAAUUGUGGUGUUUAAACGUUUGUAGAAUGGAAAUGUUUUAAUUUUUAUGUGACUGCAUUUUGGAAGUUGAUGUCGGAUCAAAGUGAUCGAGGUGUGAGGCUAGAUGUUUUGUCAGUAUCGAUUCGAACCUUGCGAUCUUUAAGAGCUUUGAAAAGCAAGAGAGCCAAUGCACCGUUUGAAAUUCACUUCCCUGAUGUCCAUUAAGUAUUAUUCACGGUUUGCAUACAGCAAAGCUCGGUCAAGGGACCCCACCUGAAACGUCACCCAUCCAUGUCCUCCAGAGAUGCUGCCUGACCCGCUGAGUUACUCCAGCACUCUGUGAAAUGUCACCUAUCCAUGUUCUCCACAGAUGCUGCCUGACCCGCUGAGUUACUCCAGCACUCUGUGAAACGUCACCUAUCCAUGUUCUCCACAGAAGCUGCCUGACCCGCUGAGUUACUCCAGCACUCUGUGAAAUGUCACCUAUCCAUGUUCUCCAGAGAUGCUGCCUGACCCGCUGAGUUACUCCAGCACUAUGUGAAACGUCACCUAUCCAUGUUCUCCACAGAUGCUGCCUGACCCGCUGAGUAACUCCAGCAUUUGUGUUUAAUACUCCUUCAAGUGUGGGAGAUAUCCCUCUCUUAAUCCCAAAUGUUUUCAAAGUUCAUAAGUGAUAGGAGCAGAAUUAGGCCAUUCGGCCCAUCAAGUCUACUCCGUCAUUCAAUCAUGGCUGAUCUAUCUCUCCCUCCUAACCCAUUCUCCUGCCUUCUCCCCAUAACCCCCUGACACACAUACUGAUCAAGAAUCCUUCUUGAUCCUUCCCUAAUCGAGAAAGUUCCUGGAAGAAACUGCAGUAUUUGUAUAAUGGUAGACCCUUUUAAUAAACAUGCAGUUUACUGGACAAAACAUUAAGAAGGCAUCAUGGCGUGGUGGAGUCGCUGCCUCACAGCGCCUUAGAUCCGUGUUUCCAUCCUGACUCCAGGUGCCGUCUGUACAGAGUUUGUACGUUCUCCCCGUGACCCACGUGGGUUUUCUCCGGGAACUCCGGUUUCCUCCCACACUCCAAAGAGAUGCAGGUUUGUAGAUUAAUUGGCUUUGGUAAAAAUUGUGCCUGGUGUGUGUAGGAUAGCGCUAGAGUAUGGGGACCGCUGGUUGGCGCAGACUCGGUGGGGCCGAAGGGCCUGUUUCCGCGCUGUAUCUCUGAAGUCUAAAUCUAAGCUACUUCCAGUAUUUGAAAAAAAGGUCGAUAUGUCAUUCCUGGAUAAAACAUUUAGAAGGCAUCAUCUAAGCUGCUCGAUUUGUCUAAAGUUUUUAUUAAGAAUUUGAUCAGCACGUACUCUAAAGGGCCUGUCCCACUUUCAUGACCUAAUUCACAACCUUUUUUUACUCGUGGACAUUUUUCAUCAUGCUAGAAAAAACGCCCCGACCUACUUGAUGCCACGAGUACCUACAACUAGCACCACGACCUGCUACGACCUCGUGACGACCAUGCUGCGAGUACGAGUCAAGGGCAAACUCGGCAGAGUUGUGGAUUUGGUCGUGAAAGUGGGACAGGCCCUUAAACUAAAACGACAAACUGAUUGCCAAGGUUGGGCAGGAACGUACAGGCGAGAUGAAGGAUGCGUUAAGUGCAUGUGCACCUUAGUUCAACCACGAGUGUGAGAGUUUUAAUUUCUUUCAUAAAUGCUUGAGUUUACUACAGUGUUUGUAUUUCCCCAUUUUUGUGUACAUGUGUAUAUAUAUACAAGUCUGCUUUACCUUCUUGUACAGAUGUUUUAGUUGUGGAGUUUUGAAACCAAACCACAAAGUCACUACUUUUUGGAAACUUUUGUAAGUCUCUGUCUUACUCUCCGACCCCCCCCUUCCCCUUUUUACUAACGUUCUCCUUGCCAAUCGCAAGCACAUUUAGAUGGUGCGAGUGUGUACGAUAGUAUUUUAAGGCAGAGUUUUUGCAAACAUAGUGUUACCAGCAAAAAAAACCUAACUGUACAUAUAUCUUUAUAGAGAUUAAUAAUGGGGGGGAUGAAAGGAAAAAAUGGUCUGCAUUGAUUUAACGAUACUCUUUGAUGACACCAUAACUGACGGCAUUAAUGUUGCGAUUCUAAAGCUUCAACUUUUGAGUGUGGUUUACAGCAUGCAGCGCUGCUGUGAAAUCAACUUCUCUCCUCUUUUAUGAUGGGAACGCCCACAUAUGUCGCCUGUAUCAUAAAACUCUUUCUAUGCUCUGUAACUGAUCUUUAGAAAAUCUCUUUCGUAACUGGAAACCAAUUGAUUCAUUUUGAUGCAAUGAGAUUCCUUCAGCCGAGGAAGCAGUUUAACCUUUUUGUGGGUUUUUAGUGUAUUCCACUCCCUAAUAAAUUUUUGCCUGAACUGAA